AUGAAGGGCAUCGCGUCUGUGUUCUCGGGCCGCACGUCCCGGAAGUCAGCCUCUCGCGCAGAGCACGCCGACGGUGCCAUGGUGGACAGUGAGGGGUACCGGAGCCCCACGGAGGUGCAGAUGAGCCAGAUGGUGCUGCCUUGCCACACCAACCAGCGCGGCGAGCUGAGUGUCGGGCAGCUGCUCAAGUGGAUCGACACCACCGCCUGCCUGUCCGCCGAGAGGCACGCUGGCUGCCCCUGCGUCACCGCUUCCAUGGACGAUAUCUACUUUGAGCACACCAUUAGUGUCGGACAAGUGGUGAAUAUCAAGGCCAAGGUGAACCGGGCCUUCAACUCCAGCAUGGAGGUGGGCAUCCAGGUGGCCUCUGAGGACCUGUGCUCUGAGAAGCAGUGGAGUGUGUGCAAGGCCUUGGCCACCUUUGUGGCCUACCGGGAGCUCUCCAAGGUGAAGCUGAAGCAGACCACGCCACGGACGGAGGAGGAGAAGACGGAGCACAGCGUGGCAGCUGAGCGCCGGCGCAUGCGGUUGCUCUACGCGGACACCAUCAAGGACCUCCUGGCCAACUGCGCCAUUCAGGAUGAUCUGGAAAGCAGGGACUGCAGCUGCAUGGUGCCGGCCGAGAAGACCCGUGUGGAGAGCGUGGAGCUGGUCCUGCCUCCUCAUGCCAAUCACCAAGGCAAUACCUUUGGGGGUCAAAUCAUGGCCUGGAUGGAGAACGUGGCCACCAUCGCAGCCAGCCGCCUGUGCCGCGCCCACCCUACGCUGAAGGCCAUUGAGAUGUUCCACUUCCGGGGCCCCUCCCAGGUCGGGGACCGCCUAGUGCUCAAGGCCAUCGUGAACAACGCCUUCAAACAUAGCAUGGAGGUGGGCGUGUGCGUGGAGGCUUACCGCCAGGAGGCUGAGACCCAUCGGCGACACAUCAACAGUGCCUUCAUGACCUUCGUGGUCCUGGACGCGGAUGAGCAGCCUCGGACACUGCCCUGGAUUCGGCCCCAGCCUGGGGAUGGCGAGCGGCGCUACCGAGAGGCUAGUGCCAGGAAGAAGAUCCGACUGGACAGGCGAUACAUCGUGUCCUGUAAACAGGCAGAAAUGCCCCUCUCUGUCCCCUGGGACCCUAGCAACCAGGUGUACCUGAGCUACAACAAUGUCUCCUCCCUGAAGAUGCUCGUGGCCAAGGACAACUGGGUGCUGUCUUCGGAGGUCAACCAGGUCCGCCUGUACACUCUGGAGGAAGACAAGUUCCUCUCCUUCCACAUGGAGAUGUCAGUGCACGUGGACACCACCCAGGCCUUCCUGCUGCUCUCGGACCUGCUUCGGAGGCCCGAGUGGGACAAGCACUACCGGAGCGUGGAGCUAGUGCAGCAGGUGGAUGAGGACGAUGCCAUCUACCAUGUCAUCAGCCCUGUCCUUGGUGGCGAUGCCAAGCCCCAGGACUUUGUGAUCCUGGCCUCUCGGCGGAAACCUUGUGAUAACGGGGACCCCUAUGUCAUUGCGAUGCGGUCAGUUACGCUGCCCACACACCCCGAGAUGCCAGCAUAUAGACGCGGGGAGACCCUCUGCUCGGGUUUCUGCUUCUGGAGAGAGGGGGACCAGCUGACCAAGGUGUCCUACUACAACCAGGCUACCCCGGGCUUUCUCAACUACGUGACCACCAACGUGGCUGGUCUCUCCUCAGAGUUCUACACCACCUUCAAGGCCUGUGAGCAGUUCCUGCUGGACAACCGGAACGACCUGGCGCCCAGCCUGCAGACCCUCUAA